UAACGGACUAUUAUUGUUGACCGAACCCGGUUCCCGUCCGGUCUGGUUACAUUAUCUUUUACUGACACGAAAAGCAAAUAGUUUGAGAAGGUUGUGCUGCAACAAAACAUCACCACCAUCUUCCACCUUCACCCGUCUCAACCGCAUCGUUCUCAUCAUCUUAGUUGCAAUGGCUUCCUGUUACUUCAACCCAAUUCCUACUAGCUCUCAUCUCAUUUCAGCAGACUUAUCUACAAAAUUCAAGAUUCCGAAGCUUCUUCACAGGAAAAAGAGGUUUGGUGCCUUGUCCAGAUCUUCAAAAAUUACUGCAUAUUAUGGCUUGAAGACCCCUCCUUAUGAACAUGAUGCAUUAGAGCCAUACAUGAGUAAGAAGACAAUUGACAUACACUGGGGAGAGCAUCAUCGGAAUUUCAUUGAAGGUUUGAACAAACAGCUGGGAAAGGAUGAUAUACUUUAUGGUUACACCUUGGAUGAACUAGUCAAAGUGACAUACAACAAUGGGAAUCCCUCAGCUGAAUUCAACAAUGCAGCUGAGGUUUGGAAUCAUGACUUCUUCUGGGAAUCCAUGCAACCGGGAGGGGGUGAUAUGCCCAUACUAGGUCUCCUUCAACAGAUCGAAAAGGAUUUUGGAUCAUUUACGAAUUUCAAAGAAAAGUUUACAGAAGCUGCACUCACAUUGUUUGGUUCUGGAUGGGUUUGGCUAGUUUUGAAGAGAGAAGAGAAACAACUAGCCAUUGUUAAAACUUCAAACGCCAUUUGCCCAAUUGUGUGGGGUGACAUACCAAUUAUCAAUUUGGAUUUAUGGGAGCAUGCAUACUAUCUGGAUUACAAGAAUGACAGAGCAGAGUAUGUGAAUGUAUUUCUGAACCACCUUGUGUCUUGGAAUGCUGCAACGGAACGCUUGACAUGGGGAGAGGCUUUUGUGAAUUUGGGAGAACCUAAAAUUCCUGUUGCAUGAAAUGCUGAAGGAUUACAGUACUUGGAAUGUUAUGGCAUCUUAAGCGAAGCAGAUAAAGAAUUCAAAGGUUUCACUUAUGGUAGAGUUUGGUCAUAUAGCCAGAAAUGAAAAAGUGGAUAUCUCAUUAUUUAAGUAAAACAUUCAUUAUGCCUCGUGUGCUUCUUUCUGGUUAUCUAUUUUUGCUGUGUUACUGUAGGACUGAGGAAAAUCUGUACUAUGGAGGGAUCUAGUGAACUUAGAGUAGGAGACAAGGAUUUUUCAAUGUAUAAGAGAUAGAAAAAAGUGCAUGAUGUUUGACUUAUUAUAGUCACAUUGUACGAAAGCAUUAGUUGAAUUAUUAGUUAUAUA